AUGAAAUAUCACCAGAAGACGUUCGUUAUUACAGGAGGUCUUUCUGGCCUGGGUAAAGCUACUGUAGAAAGGCUUUCGCAACUUGGUGGCAAUGUAGCAGUCAUAGACUUGGCAUUGCCAGAUAAGACCAAGGAGGGACUGUCUCGCGUUCAGCACUUCAAUGCAGAUGUUUCAAAGACUCAAGAGAUCACUGCAGCUGUCAACGAGAUAGUUGCUUGGAAUAAGGCAACUGGCUCAGUCAUCGCUGGCGUUGUUAGUUGUGCUGGAUUUCUGGGGCCCUCAAAGAUCAUCUCGAAGAAGGGAACCUCUAUGUUACUCGAUCAGUUCUCCAAGGUCAUUGACAUCAACCUGAUCGGCACAGUCGACCUGAUUAGACAACUCGUUCCCUAUAUCGCCACUCAAUCGCCAAAUGCCAAAGGUGAGAGGGGCGUACUGGUCACAGUUUCUUCGGCAGCUGCAUUUGAUGGACAAGAAGGCCAGACAGCGUACGGAGCAGCCAAGGGCGCCAUAGCCUCUAUGACCUUACCAUUGGCUCGUGAUCUCUCAUGCUGGGGCAUAAGAGCCGUGUGCAUCGCGCCUGGGUUAUUCGACACUGGCAUGGCGGCAAGUAUGCCACAAAAAGCCAAAGAGAGUCUAGACAAGACGUUGGAGUUCCCCGCUAGACCUGGAGAACCGGAGGAGUUUGCUAGCUUGGUCGAGAACGUUAUUGAUAAUUCGAUGCUCAAUGGCACUGUCAUCCGCUUGGAUGGGGCUGCGAGAAUGCCCAGUCGCUUCCAAUUUGUAUUGCGGAUCGGGCUGCAACAGCAGAAUCUUGAACUCGCAGACACCCUCCUUUACGGAGUCUCUCACCCAUCUUCGACCCAGUACGCGAAGCACUACACCCGACAGGAUAUCAUCGACAAGUUUGCAGCAUCUGACGAAACAAUUACCGCCGUCCAGUCUUGGGUCUCAGCAAACGGCGCAAGCUCGACUUUAUCCAAGGACAGGGGAUGGCUGCAUGUCAACACCACCUUGGCGGAUGCAGAGAGAAUGCUCCACGCUCAGUACUACGAGUACCGUCAGACAGCUGGGAACCACUCGACGGUGGCUUGCGAAGAGUACUCUGUCCCGGAGAAUAUCCAACGUCACAUCGACUUCAUCCAGCCAGGAGUCAUUCUUGCCGCUCCUAAGACUCCCCAACUCAAUACCAAGUUCAGAAAACGGGGCUUUUCUUCUGCCCAGAAAGCCGGAGCCGACCGGGCUGCCAACGAUACCUCCGCAUGCAACGACGAUGUCACUCCGGCCUGCAUUAAAGCGCUCUACAGAAUUCCCGACAACACCUUGAACCACUCUCCUAAUAGCCUGGGUAUUUACGAAACGGGAGAUUACUACGCGCAGGAAGAUCUCAACUUGUUCUUCGCCAAGUACACCCCCACUUACCCGAACGGCACGCACCCCACUCUGGUCUCUAUCGACGGUGGCUUUGCCCCGGCUGAGCCAAAGUUCGCUGAUGGCGAGUCGGACUUGGACCUCCAAGUAGCCUAUCCUCUAAUCCACCCUCAGGCUGUCACGCUGUACCAGACAGACGACAAAAUUGACACCAUCAGCGGCGCGGGAGGCCUGUUCAACAAUUUCCUCAACGCUGUCGAUGGGUCUUACUGUUCUUAUGACGCCUUCGGCGAAAAGGGAAACGAUGACAACUUUGACGAUGUGUAUCCCGAGUCCCGACACCACGAGCCCCGACGGUUAUCAGGCAAAUCUGAAGUCGACCUCCCCUUCUACUACCAACCGAGGCAGUGCAAUGAGUUCAUGAAGCUGGCUUUGCAGGGCCACACCAUUUUGGUCGCCUCAGGAGAUGCAGGUGUCGCCUCUCACCCCUGGGACCCGUUCCCCGAUGGAUGUCUUGGAGAGAACAACACCGUAUUCAAUCCCAACUUCCCUGGAAACUGUCCGUACACCACGACCGUCGGUGGAACUAUGAUGUCCCCUGGCGCAUCGGUCAGUGACCCCGAGGUUGCCGCUUAUUUCCCCCAACAAGACGGGACCGAUCACACGUACACCAGCGGCGGUGGCUUCAGCCACAUCUACUCCAUUCCGAGCUACCAGAGCGCUUCCAUCAGUGACUACUUCGCCAAGCAUGACCCGGGCCUGAAGUCUUUCAGCUCCCUCCAUAAUGCCACACACAACGACUCAUCGCCCAUCGGAGCGAACGGGGGUAUCUAUAACCGCAUCGGAAGAGGCAUGCCAGAGUAA